UUUCGAUUUAGCCAAUGACACGCCAAAUGUAAGUUUACAAUCCACACACGAAUUGAUGACGUAGUUCACACUAAGAAAUUUUUAUUUCGGAAAAUGGCAACGUUAGCCCAGUUUUCUCGUAGUUUGGGCGCAGUUUGUGCACGCUGUAGCAGUCAACCAAUAAAAAUAGGAAGAUGCUUAUCAACAGCUAGAUUACUAAACCAGAAUGAGAAAACUGAUCCCCCUCCUAGUCCUCCACCAGGUGGCAUCGGUUCGGACAAACCUGGUUUCUUGAGUCGUCUUCUAAGUGUGAGGACCAUAGACACUGGUAGCACAUCACACUCAACUCUACUCUCGGAUAAAGAUGUAGUCUACGAAUUGCAGUUUCAUUCAGUAAAACCAGAAUACAUGGAGACUUACCUCAACCAAUUUGCUGAUUUCCUUGAAAAGAUGAAGGAAAAGAAGGCUGGUUCAGAGUUGAUUGGCAGCUGGACAGUUGAUAUUGGAGAGCAAGAUGAGGCUAUUCACCUAUGGAGAUAUAGAGGGGGCUACCCAGUACUGAAUAAUGCUAGGAAUAUAUACAGAACAGACCCAGAUUUUGUACAAUACAGAAAAAGCCGAAAUGAGAUGCUGCGAUCAAGAAAAAAUCAAAUUAUGUUAGAGUUCAGUUUUUGGGGUGAAAUCAAACCCAGGGAUCCAGAACAUAUAUAUGAACUGAGAAGUUAUACACUGAAACCUGGAACAAUGAUUGAGUGGGGAAACACAUGGGCCAAAGCACUCCAGUACAGAAACUACCACAAUGAAGCUGUAGGGGGAUUCCUUACGCAUAUAGGAGACCUACAUAGAGUUCACCAUCUAUGGGCUUAUGAUGACCUUCAGACCCGAAAGCAGAGUCGUGAAGAUGCCUGGAGAAAACCUGGCUGGGAUGAGUGUGUACAGUACACAGUUCCACUAAUCCGGCAGAUGGAGACAAGGAUAUGUAUUCCUACACCCUUCUCACCUCUCAAAUAG